AUGGCCGCGCCGACAAGUCGCUACAGUACUUUGCUCCUGUUGUUGCUGGCUGCAGCGGUGGCCGCGGCUGGUGGUGACGUAACGGUCGUCGCUACGACGCGCUACGGCAGGGUGCGCGGACGCGUGCAGGCGACCCGAAGCGGUCGUUCAUUACUAGCGUUCUACAAUCUCCCGUACGCCAAGCCGCCCGUCGGACCGCUCCGAUUCAAAGCUCCAGAGCCACCGCAGCCGUGGGUUCAUAUCCGAGAUGCUACGACGGCAGGCCCUCUGUGCACACAAAAGAACGUCUUCUUGCGGAAACAACACCCAACCGGUUCGGAAGACUGUCUCUACCUUAACGUCUUCACACCAGCGCUAAAAGGUUCAUUGCCAGUUAUGUUUUGGAUUCAUGGAGGUGGCUGGAUCUCAGGAGGUGGCUCAUUGUAUGGUCCUGAUUUCCUUCUUGAUCAUGAUGUCAUCCUUGUUACUAUCAACUAUCGAUUAGGUCCUCUUGGAUUUCUCAGUACUCAGGACUCAGCUUCUCCAGGUAAUUAUGGGCUGAAGGAUCAAGUAGCAGCUCUACAGUGGGUCAAAGAAAACAUAGCUAUGUUUGGUGGUAACCCAUACAAUGUCACUGUAUUUGGAGAAAGUGCUGGUGGAGCUAGUGUACACUACCUCAUGAUGUCUCCUCUCAGUCAAGGUUUAUUUCAUCAUGCAAUUUCACAAAGUGGCACAGCUCUGAUGCCAUGGGCACUCCCCACAGACAAUGCUGUGAGUAAAGCUCACAGACUUGCCUCCCUGCUUGGUUGUCCUAGUAGCAACAGCAGUAGAGACCUGGUUGAAUGUCUCAGAGAAAUAGAUGAUUAUGAGAUUGUUUCAAGAGGGAAAGACUUUGUCGAAUGGGACAUUGACCCAUGGUUACCUUUUGGACCUGUGGUAGAGGCUGAAGGAAAUCAGGCUUUCCUUACAGUGCAUCCUCUCAAGUAUAAAACAGCAGUUAAAAUGCCGUGGUUAAUAGGUGUGAAUGAGCAUGAGGGACUACUCAGAACAGCAGCUAUCUUUUCAAAUGAGUCACUGAGGCAAGAGAUUCAAGACAGUUUCCAGAAACUGCUGCCCAUAUCAUUGCUAUAUGAAAAAGCACCAAAUGCACAUCUUAUUACAAAUGAAAUAUACAGAUUUUACAUGUCUUCUGGAGGAUUUUCUUUUAAUGCACUGACAAAUGUAUUUACAGAUGGAUUAUUUGUAUGGAAUACUGAUGAAGCAGUAAGACUCAGCAAAGAUUCUGCUCCAGUGUAUUAUUACUUUUUUAAUUAUAGAGGAGUGUUUAGCUUUAGCAAAGUUUUUGCACAUUGGAAUGCUACAACUGGUGUUUGUCAUGCUGAUGAACUACUGUAUCUGUUUCCAAUGGAAAAAUUGUUUCCUAGUGGUAAAAGGUCUGAAGAGGACAUGCAGUUAAUUCAUACAUUGACUGAACUAUGGGCAAAUUUUGCUUCAACUGGAAAUCCAACUCCAAAUAACAAACCAUUGCACUGGCCAAGAGUAACAUCAGAUGAUGACAUGGAGUACAUGGAAAUAAGUAACAAACUUGAAGUGAAAAGAGGCCUUUUGAAGGAAAGAAUAAAUUUUUGGAGUUCACUUCCUCUUAGGAGUAGUUUGGAAAGUAAAUAUUCAAAGGAAGAACUGUAAUAUCCCACAGGACUUAAACAACUUUUUCGUAACAAUCUACAGACUGUGAUACAGUUCCUACAUUCCUGUGUGUGUGUGUGUGUGUGUGUGUGUGUGUGUGUGUGUGUGUGUGCAAGAUAAAUUUGUAUAUGUUUGCUGUGAAACUGAUUUGUUAAUUCUAAUUUCUGCUGUGCUGUGUCAUAUCACUUUUCUUUUGAAAAGAAACCUUUAUGAUGUUUAGCAAACUGUAUUUUAUUAUUAAAUA